AUGAAAAUAGAGGAUCUUCGUAAGCAUCAUGUGUGUCAAAAGCAUUUUGAAAAGAAGUUCAUCGCCUCGACACCUUUGAGGCCUCGUCUUCGUGUUGGCGCAUAUCCUACGUUGUUUUCUGCUAGCGAAAUCAGCAGUGGCAUACCGCAAACUAUGCACACUGUUCAUGACUCCGACAGUGCUGUUUUAGAGCAUAGUUAUGCUAAAAAAAGGGUGCAUAAAGAUCAUAGUUACUCUAAAAGUGAACCUACAAAGAAACGUAUGCGAACUGGAACUGAAAGUUAUUCAACUGCUUCUUCUGAUAACACAUACCUUGAUUAUACAAAGACGAUGUCUGAUGUUAUGCCUUCUACUUCAGGCUGUGAAAACAAAGUCUCAGAAAACCUCGUCAACAAAGGGAUCAAUGCUCAAGUAUUUGAUGCAGUAAAACAAGAGGUAAAGACAUGGGAAGAAAAUAAAAUAUUUUGCUCAAUUAUUUUUGAUGAGGUUGCAUUAGAAUCAGGCUUGACAUAUGAACGAAAACAAGACUCAAUCAUUGGAUUUGUUGAACUUCCUGAAAAGACAAAUGACUUUGCCGACCAUGCACUUGUCUUUAUGCUAAGAGGAUCUAUUUAUAAAUGGCAACAGCCAUUGGCUUACUAUUUCUGUAAGGGGGCAACAUCUGGGUUUCAGCUAAAGACAAUAAUCAAAGAUGUAGUAACAGCUGUAGGAAAUACAGGACUUUUACCUAUUGCUGUAGUCUGUGAUCAGGGGACUGCCUUUCAAUCUGCUCUGAAAAGUCUUCAAGAGGACACACGGAGGGAGCAAAUAAGAUUUGGUGAAGAAAUUGAUGAUAUCAUUAUGAUCAAUGGACAUUCACUCAGCAUUAUUCAUGAUCCACCACACCUCAUCAAGGGUUUGAGAAACAAUUUUAUGAUGAAAGAUAUCAAACUGGAAAAUAAAAUUUCAAAAUGGAAUGACAUUGUGGAUGUGAAAAAUUGUGUGAGAGUGUUUAGCAAAACAGUGGCAGCUACUCUCUCCUACACUGCUCAGUUUUCUCAUUACGCUGAUGGGACACAAAUUAACCUGUCGCAAUCCUAUAAAUCUAUAAUGAUUCUAAUAAAAGGAUCCUUUUUGUUUCUUAUCGCUUUUAGUUUUGUUUCGUCAUCAAGAGUUUUAGAACUAAGUGAUAAAUUUAUUGAUAUCAGCAAAGAUGGAAUGUGGUUCGUCAAGUUUUAUGCACCAUGGUGUGCACAUUGUCGACGCUUGGAGCCGAUUUGGGCACAUGUAGCACAGUCCCUUUACAACACACCUAUCAAAGUGGCAAAGGUUGACUGCACCCGUUUCAGUGCAGUGGCUACCCACUUUAAAAUAAGAGCUUUCCCCACAAUAAUGUUCAUCAAAGGGUCAUUCCUACAUCAGUACAAUGGCGAAAGGGAAAAAGAGGAGAUGGUUAACUAUGCUAUGAGGAUGGCUCAACCGGCAAUACAGAGAGUGACACAUGCAGAUAGUAUGGAAUACUUAAAGGAAACACAUAAUAUAUUUUUUGGUUAUGUUGGCAAGCAACAAGGACCUUUAUGGGAGACAUUUACACUACAUGCUGAAAAAUAUCAACCCCAUACAUGGUUUUAUACUAUGUCACAGGAUGUAAUUAAGAAUGAGAUCCAGCCAUCGAAUGACUCAGCAAUAUUUGUGUAUAAAGAGGAUGAUCUAUAUUACUUUCAAGCUAAUCCUCAAUUACUUAAUGACAAGGAAACUUUAAAUGUUACAUUGGACAAAUGGAUUAAUGCAGAAAGGUUUGGAUUUUUUCCAAAAAUAACAAGCGCUAAUAUAAAUCAUAUAAUGGAUAUUAAAAAGUAUAUUGUCAUAGUUAUUGUUUCUGAAAAUAAACUAGGAGAAAUAACACAAACAGAGAGGGAUUUCAAGGAUAUGGUUGAAAGUAUUAUCAGGAAAAGAAAGUUAGAGCUCCAUGAUCAUUUUCAAUUUGGAUGGAUGGGAAACCCGGAAUUGGCCAAUUCCAUAGCUAUGUAUGAUUUGACAGUACCACAUUUGCUAGUACUGAAUUCUACCACAAGCCACCAUCACCUGCCUGAAGAUGAUCCUAUCCUAAUGACCCCGGAAGCGGUAUCUAUAUUCCUUGAGCAAAUAUAUAACCAACAAGCACCAAUUUAUGGCGGCAAUCACUGGCCUGUACGUAUAUACCGAGGAUUCUUUGAAGCCAGAACUACCCUGACUAAUAUGUGGCGCGGCAACCCCGUUCUAACUGCGCUUGUGUUCGGCCUUCCACUCGGUUUUCUUUCCCUAAUCUGCUAUUCUGUGUGUUGUGCUGAUAUCCUAGAUGCGGACGAAGAAGAAGAGCUUGAAUCUCAUGAAAAGAAGGAU